UUUAUGCAGGGUUCAAACGGGGACUCCUAAGAACCAGGCUAGGAGCUUGUCAGUGCUCGUACUGUACAGCAGCGUCGUUAUCGGGCUGCUCUACCUAUAUAGCACUUUGUCGGCAGGACAUGGGAUAGGACCACCACUUACAGUCUUUUUAAACGGGUUAUUAUUACUACAUCCCCGGACAGCCACAGCUCCAAUCUGUCCACAAUUUAAAUACGUAAUUCACUAUGGACACCAGCUGUGAGAGUAGCAGCAGGCCUACUCAUCCAGCGGGUUUCUUUGCAGACGAAUCUGACUUGCGUGAACGAUUCCCCGGACACGACAGCAUCGAUUUCCCGGUCGCAGUGGUCCUACCAGCAGGUGGAUCUGGAGAAAGGAUGGGGUUGGCGACCCCCAAACAAUUCUGCACUGUCUUCAACAGACCUUUGAUAAGCUACACGAUUCAAGCUUUUGAGAGAGUGUCCUGGAUUGAAAACAUUGUGGUUGUUGUGGCAAAAGAAAGCCUUCAUCUUAUGAUGGACAUCAUUCACAAGUUCUGUCACAAAAAGGUAAAGGUAGUGCUUGGUGGAUCAACUAGACACCGGUCUAUUUUUAAUGGACUCCAAGCCUUUGGAGAGAUGCCAGAUGGAAAAUCACUGAGGAAGCCAAAAGUGGUCAUUAUCCACGAUGCAGUCAGGCCUUUUGUUGAGGAAGAUUUCCUUCUUAGGAUAACUAUUGCUGCUAAGGAACAAGGGGCGUCUGGAGCUAUUCGGCCUCUUGUUUCCACGGUAAUAGCUACGACGUCAGAAGGCUACAUAGACCACUCUCUGGAAAGGGCUAAAUACAGAGCAAGUGAGAUGCCACAAGGAUUUGUAUAUGACAUCAUCUACCAGGCUUAUCAGCAGUGCAGCGAGUCCGACUUUGAGUUUGGGACGGAGUGCCUGCACCUGGCUCUGCAGUACUGUGGCACCAAUGCAAAGCUCAUCGAAGGUCCCCCUGCACUGUGGAAGGUGACUUACAAGAAAGAUCUUUUUGCUGCUGAAUCUGUAAUUAAAGACUUCCUGUCCCAGGCCUGUGUUAUCACGACUGUCUGUGCAGAGUCAGCAGAGUUGGCUCACAGGUUUCAGAAGAGCCUUGGAACCAGGAGCAUGCAGGUGGAUGUAAUAUCAGGCUCAUUCGGGGACAACCAGCCGUUGGUUUCAAAGACCUGGAACUUCAUCCAUAUUACUGCGAAUAUCGCGUGCUUGGCUGAGAUCAGCAGCACAGUGAAGUCGCUCCACGAGGCGGGUCAGACCCUCCUGUAUCCCGCUGUCCUGAUCUUGGUGCAUUUGAGCGUCCUGCCGCAUUCCACCCUGACUGAAAGGAUGGGACAGUUGGGUGCCAUCAGACAUCUGGCAAUGGAAGCAAAACAGAGGAAUAUUUUACUUUACGCCAUCCUGCUUAAUCACAAUGAGGUGCUGGCAGUGUGUUAUUUCUGUGUGUCAGAACGCGGAGCAGUGGGAGGAGACGGUGGAGAGUGCAUCCGAGAUCACGGCGGCCCUUAUCAAGGACCGGAACCCCGCCCUGGCAGGACAGCUCCUGGUGGCGUGAGGAACGAAGACCUUCCAGACGAGGCCUCCGUGGGCGCUGCUGUCCUGUCAUCCUGCUCGCCAAACCUUGAAAUAAGCGUGACUGAGAUCUGCCGUCGCACUGCCUCACCUGCACGUCAAUUAGGAGUGUUUGAAAUCCCCGGCAGUUUACGUUGCUGUGUUAUAACUUUAAUGUAAAUGCUACUUUAGGGGACAUGUUAUCACAAUUUUAAUUAAAAAUUUCUAUCAAAUAAAUGGGUGCACUUCAAA